CUGCAUAAAUUUGCAGGUGCAUCCCUGGGUUCAUUUGUACUCGUACUACUUGUCGCUGCACUUUAUCGUGUCUACAAUUCUGACAGGAAAGAAAAAGAGAAUCAAUUAAAACUUGAAGUAUUUUUAGAGGAUUACAGAGCACUCAAACCAAGCAGAUAUUCUUAUGCAGAUAUUAAGAGGAUUACAAAUCAAUUCAAGGAAAAAUUAGGCCAAGGAGCCUAUGGGACUGUUUUUAAGGGAAAACUUUCUGCUGAAUGUUUUGUUGCGGUGAAAGUCCUCAAUAGUACUAAGGGGAAUGGGGAAGAGUUUGUAAAUGAAGUAGGAACAAUGGGACAUAUCCACCAUGUCAAUGUGGUUCGAUUGGUUGGAUUCUGUGCGGAUGGAUUUAGACGAGCUCUUAUUUAUGACUUCUUACCUAAUGGUUCACUACAAGAUUUCAUUUCAUCAGUAGACAAUAACAAUUCUUUCCCUGGUUGGGGUAAGUUGCAAGAUAUUUCUCUUGGAAUAGCAAAAGGAAUUGAAUAUCUGCACGAAGGAUGCAAUCGACGGAUCCUUCAUUUUGAUAUCAAACCCCAUAAUGUUUUGCUAGACCACAACUUCAACGCAAAGAUUUCUGAUUUUGGUUUGGCCAAGUUAUGUUCUAAGGAUCAAAGUAUAGUGUCAAUGACUACCGCCAGGGGAACGAUGGGGUACAUUGCACCUGAAUUGUUCUCCAGGAACUUCGGAAAUGUGUCCUAUAAGUCAGAUGUCUAUAGCUAUGGAAUGGUACUGCUUGAGAUUGUAGGAGGGACAAAGAACAUUGGUUCAACCACAGAGAACACCAAUGAAGUUUACUGCCCAGAAUGGAUCUAUAAUCUUCUAGAAGAAAAAGACGACCUACCUAUCAAUGUAUGGGAAGAAGGAGAUACUAAAAUUGCAAAGAGACUUGCGAUUGUAGGUCUCUGGUGCAUUCAAUGGCACCCUGCAGAUCGUCCUUCUAUGCAAAGGGUGGUUCAAAUGUUAGAAGAAGGAGGAAACUUAACCAUGCCUCAAAAUCCUUUUGCCUCUCAGGGUCCAGCAGGAACAAAUACAAGUACACCUUGAAGAAAUUUAAAUCUCCAACUAGAAGUAAUUCCUGAGUUAGAAGAGUAAUAUCUAGCUUU